AUGAUAUCUUCCUUCCAACAACAUGGCUGUGCACAUCAGGCUAUAGAAUUGUUUAAGAAUAUGCUUGAAGAGGGGAUUAAACCAUCUUAUAUUACAUUUGUUAGCGUUUUAUCUGCUUGUAGCCAUACUGGCCGAGUUGAUGAAGGAUUUUAUUACUUUAAUGCCAUGAGUGAGCAACACAAUAUAAAUCCUGGCCAUGAGCACUAUGCUUGCAUGGUCGACUUGCUUAGUCGUGCAGGUCGACUUGGUGAAGCAAAGAACUUUGUAGAUUCAAUGCCGAUUAAACCAGGUGCAUCAGUCUGGGGAGCUCUACUCGGGGCUUGUAAUAGAUUUGGGAAUCUUGAAAUGGGCGUAGAAGUUGCUGAGAGGCUGUUUGUGAUCGAACCUCAUAAUCCCGGAAAUUAUGUACUUCUUUCUAAUAUCUACACAUGUAAAGGAAGGUUAAAAGAAGCAAGUGAAGUGAGAAGACUAAUGAGACUCAAUCAGGUUAGCAAAAAAACUGGGUAUAGCUGGAUUGACUCCAAUAACCAAGAUGCACGUCUUUACAAGUGA